AUGAACCUUAGUGCCUGCUGCUGCUGUGUCAUCGUCAUCGUCUACGUCGUCGCGUCGCUGCCGACCGCCGACGGCUAUCACGUGGUCGUGCUCGCGCCCGUCUCGUGCGUCGUAGUCGGUGACGCGCGCGCCGUGUCGGCGACGGUCAAUAGAGCUCUCGGCGACGCUCCCGCGAACAACGUCACGCACGUCGUCGUCGACGUUUGCUCGCCGACCGACGGUCUCGCGGAGUUUGUCGGCAUGUACGCGGCGUCGGCGACCGUCGUUGACGCGUUCGUCGGGCCGCCGACGUCGGCGCUGUGUGAGCCGGCGGCGCGUCUCAGCUCGUACUGGGGCGUGCCGAUGGUGUCGUGGGGCUGCGGCGACGACGAGCUGUCGGCGAAGCACAAAUACCCGACGUUCGCGCGCGCGACGCCGACGAGCGGAAACGUCGGCCGCGCGCUGGCGCACACGCUGCGACACUUCGGCUGGAGGUACUCGCUGAUCGUCGCCGAUGCGGCGAGGUCAAAGGUCGCGCGCGAAAUUGCCGAGGAGAUGCGGCGCUGGCGGCUGGACGUCGACGUGCGGACCGUGUCCGAGCGUAGCGCGACGGUGCGGCCAUCUGUCGGUGAGAUGGGAAAACUUAACCCGAGAAUCAAAGCAAUAAUCCUGUGCAUUGACGUGUCUUCGGCCGAAUCUACGGAUCUUGAAACAAUCAUACAGGCGGUAGAGGAAAGCGGACUUACCAAGGACCGGGUUGCGUUCAUUAUACUCGAAACGCUGUCUACCUUCUUUACGAAUGAACCGUAUGGCUCUGAUCCCAGAUCGGCAGAUCUGCUGAGGGAAGCCCAAGUAAACAUGCUCGUGUUUAUCCUCACCAUCAUCCCGACGGCGGCAAAGAAAACCUACGAGGAGAUCAAUGAGAUGUACCACGACUACAGCGACAUAGAUACCUACAAUGUCACUCACGGCUCCGACAGGAGCCAAUACGUCACGUCUCUCUACGACGCCAUCAUGAUGCUAGUCUACGCUCUCAACAAGACCAUGGCCGAAGCGCCACCGUCGGCCACGAUCAUCGACCAACGACAACUCGCUCUAAACACCCGCAACCUGACGUUUCGCGCCCUUUUAGGCGACGCCAGCACAGACGCCAACGGCGACGUCGAGUUUGAGUACGUUCUCCUGCAGAACAACAUCAAGUUGGACAUGUUCCAGACGGUGCUGUCGUUUACAAAGGUCGGCGACGAUGAUCACGUGAUCAGCAAAGUGAAUCCCGUCAUCUGGGCGACGCGAGGUGCGAUCCCGCCGGACGCCGACUGUGUGCUGCAGGAUGUACCGUGUAUCGUCGCCUCGUCGAACGAGAUUGGCGUGGUGAAUGUCGUGAUUACGCUCGUCGUGGCUCUGUGCGUUAUACUCAUCGGCCUUGGCUUGGGUGACGUCGUUCACGUGAAGAUGCUGCCGAUAAGAGAGUUUGAGAUGAACUCGAAUUUUCUACGCAGCCUGAAGUUGAUGCGGGAGCUAAGGCACGAGAACAUGAACCGCUUCAUCGGCUGCUUCGCUGAGUCUGUUAAUCCAGGACUGGUGACGGAAUUCUGCAGCAGAGGAAGCCUAAUGGACCUUUACAAGAACACGAACAUCAAGCUAGAGUGGUCAUUUAAGCUCUCCUUUCUCACCGACUUCGUCAGGGGGAUGCGGUAUCUACAUUCGAGCCCGAUGAAGCUGCAUGGUCACCUCAGCUCCCGUAACACUCUCAUCGACAGCCGUUGGGUGCUGAAGGUCACAGACUACGGUCUGCCGAUGCUGUACGAAGGAAAGCACGUCGAGAAAUCCACAACUGCUAAAGACUUGCUGUGGUCGGCACCGGAGCUGCUCAGGAACACGGCCGCUGAUGUAAGAAAGGCCACACAAGACGGCGGCGUCUACCCUUCGCCUACGCGCAUUCUGUCAGAGCUAAUCCUGCGUAGCGCGCCUUUCGCCCAGCAUCAGCCUCACGCCAGAAUUGGUAUAAAGAUCGUGAAGAAGCUCAAGAAGCCUCCGCCGCUGAUUACGACGUCGGUGUCGCCGCAGUCGGCCCGCCUCGAGCGCGAUAACCACAUAAUGCAAGCAAGCUGGUAUGGAGUAUGCCUGAAGCCAAGACACGACGUUUCGACGCCAUCUAACGACGAUUUAAAGAGCAUGAGUCAGCGGAAAGCUGAUUGUAGAAAGCUGUUCACACGUAUAAACCUAGAGAAAUACUCCACAAACUUGGAGGAGAUCGUGAGAGAGAGAACCGAGCAACUGGAUGAGGAAAAGAAGAGAGCUGACCAGCUUCUUUACAAUAUGUUGCCUAUGGUGGUGGCAGACGCGCUGAAGGUUGGCAACUCGAUACCGGCCGAGAGUUACGAAGAAGUGUCCAUCUACUUCUCCGACAUUGUCGGCUUCACGUCGAUAUCAGCGAAGAGCACUCCGAUGCAGGGUGACCUGCUCAAUGACCUCUACACGAUGUUCGACUACACCAUAGACCAGUACGACCGUCUACAAGGUAUGUGUCGCGUGGAGACGAUCCGUGACGCUUACAUCGUCAGUGGUCUGCCGAUCCGCUGCGGCACGAUGCACGCCGCCUACAUAUCGGACAUGGCGCUGGAUCUGCUGAGUCAGUGCGGCACCUUCGCUCCACACAUGCCCGACGCACGCUCGCAUCCCUCAGCGAUCGGGCUGCACUCAGGGCCCUGUGUAGCCGGUGUUGUAGGUCAUACCAUGCCAAGAUACUGUCUCUUCGGCGAUACAGUGAACACCGCCUCACGCAUGGAAAGCACCGGAAAAGCGUUUAGGAUACAUAUAAGCGAGGCAGUCAACGAUCGGCUCAUGAUAAUAGGUGGCUAUCAUUCCGUGUACAGAGGGGAAGUCGAACUGAAGGGCAAGGGCAUCGCAAAGACGUUCUGGUUAAUCUCAAAGGACGGCUUCAGCAAACCGCUGCCUAUACCUCCAGAUACGCUGGAACCACGGGACGCCGCGGGCACAGAACCUACUACGAUCGCCUUUGUCUCCGCCUCCUCCUCCUGCUCCGCCUCCGCCGCCGCCGCCACCGUCGCAGCAGCGUCGACGCAGAGCAGCGGCGUUGAGAACUCUGCAGAUGACGAAGCCGUCCCGCUGGCAGCGGCUAGCAAGUCCGACUCACGUGACAGCGGCAACUUCAACCGCGACAUCGACGAAAACGAACUGCAAUCGAGCGGCCGGAUAAUCGUAGAGGAAACGGAAACGGAAACGGAAACGGCAAAAGACACUGAGGGACGCGCCGAAAUCGACGCACCCUCUGCGGACGCCGCUAGAACGGAUGCCUGCAACCACGACGACCACGUGACGGCGCGGAAGGCGAUGCACACGCCCGUCUAUUUCGGAGAAGAGCCGCAGGAGGCGGGGCAGUCGCUGAAAACUGUCUACUUCCGAGAGCCGGUGACGUCGUCGACUGCAGGCAGCAUCAGCAUCGAGAUGGCGCGCAUGAGCAGCGAUACGAGCAUCUCUAACGUCGAAGUGAGCCAGAAGACCAACUCGUGGCACGCCGAUAACGACUGAUGCGAGCCGCGCAGCGCCAUCUAUCGGCAAAGCACGCCGAGAAUUCACGCUGCACGUAUGAAGCGUA